CGGAGCGGUGGCCUUUUGCGUGCGAGGCGCCUCUUUGUGGCACCCGCUCAGCGGCGCAUCCCCGGCGGCUCUUCUUUAUUUACCUCGCGCUUGAAGGCGGCGGCGGCGGCGGCGGCGGCGGCAAAAAAAAUGGAGCGCUCGGCUCGCGCCAGCGGCUGGCUGUAGCAACGCGACCGGAUUUCGCCGAGCAAAGAGAUUCCUUUCCCCAGUCCGCGAGCAUGAAGUACAAGAAUCUUAUGGCAAGAGCCCUUUAUGAUAAUGUCCCAGAAUGUGCAGAAGAAUUGGCCUUCCGGAAAGGUGAUAUUUUGACCGUGAUAGAACAAAACACUGAAGGAUUGGAAGGAUGGUGGCUCUGCUCUUUACAUGGCCGACAAGGCAUUGUUCCUGGAAACCGUGUGAAACUUCUGGUAGGCCCUGUACAAGAGAGUCCAUCUCACCAGGACUUGCCAAAUUCAGGACCAGCAACUCAGUCCCCUAAUCAGCAAAAAGUCUACCAAGUGCCAAAUGCUCAUACCUCUCCUCGGGAUCCCAUCUAUCAAGUUCCCCCUUCUUAUCUGAAUCAGGGAAUCUACCAGGUACCUACUGCCCACGAUGUUUACCAAGUGCCUCCAUCCGGGCAGAGAAGUUUUGGUGGAGUUGAUGCAGGCAAUAAGGUGGUAACUCCGGUCAGGUCAGGACAAGGUUAUGUUUACGAGUUUCCUACCAAAUACCAGAAGGAUACCUACGAUAUCCCACCAGUUCGUCCUCUUCAAGGGAUCUAUGAUGUCCCCCCUGGAUCAGUUAAAAGUCCUCCACAAGCAGCUCAAAUGAGUGAUACGAAAUCUCAAGGGAUUUACGACGUUCCUCCCACCAAAGGGGUAAGUUUAUUGAAGUUCCAUUUAAAGCAAACAUGUAAUUUCAUGCUGGAUUGA